AUGAUCUUUAAUAUAAAUAGAUUUUAUUUUUUCGCUUUAUUAACCUGGCAAUUUGCUUUAUUUUUUUCAUCGCAAAUGAUUUAUCCAAUUUUCUCGAAUUAUUUACCGAAAUGGCGUUGUUCAAGAAACGAAACUUUCACCUCGGAUUGUCAUAUAUAUCUUUCAUGUAAUCAAACCGUGUCAUUUUAUUCGACUGCACUUGAAUAUGAAUGGAUUUGUGGUCCAAAAGCAUAUCUUGCAUCAUUAUAUAGCCAAAUUCAGUUUUUUGGUGUACUUAUCGGUACAUUUUUAUUUGGUACAUUAUCAGAUGCAUUUGGUCGUCGACCAAUCGCUAUACUAGCGCUUACUACGGGAAUUGUGGUUUCGUUUUCUUCUGCAUUUGCACCCAAUUGGCAAUUAUUACUACUAUCACGAUCCAUUGUUGGAUUAUCUAUUGGUGGGACAAUAGUUGGUGUUUGUACUUAUAUCAUGGAAAUGUUACUUCCCGAACAAAGAAUGGCACUUCGAGCUUUCUUCAAUUGGGGUGUUGCUCGACUAUUGCUAACAACAAUCUGUUAUUUAUUACCAGAUUGGCGAUCAUCAAGCAUUGGAAAUGCUAUUGCCGCUUCACCUGCUUUAAUAAUCAUUCUCAUCAUACUCCCCGAGAGCCCAACCUGGUUGCAUAGCAAGGGACGAUUAGAAGAUAUGCGUAAAAGUGAGAAAUAUAUUGCUCGAUUUGCUAAUGUUGCGUACGAAGAGAAAGAAAUUCAAAAAAUUGAAAAAAAAGCGAAAUUAAUCGAAAUUAUUCGAAGCCCACAAUAUGCUAAACGGCUUUUUGUUUUAUGGAUGAUGUGGUUUACAUCUUCAUAUUGUGGAUAUGCUAUCGAUUUGAAUUCAACUCGAAUUAGUGGAAAUUUAUUUAUCAAUCAAGCAUUAUUUUCAAUACUCAUUGCUGCAUCAAAAAUAAUGCUUGUCAUAUACGAUUCGUUAAAUGUUUCAUUUAAUCGACGAAAAUUACAUCAAUAUGCGCAAGCAUGUGUUUGCAUUUGCUUCCUAAUUCUUAGUAUUCUUAUUAUAAAAUACAAUAAUAUUAUGAUACUAAUAAUAAAUUUAAUUGGAAUUGUAUUUAUUGAAUACACUUGGGAUGCUUGUUAUUUAUGUGCCGUGGAAGCAAUGCCAACAAAUAUGCGUGCAUCUUCACUUGGUUCAUGUUCACUAAUCGCUCGUAUAGGUGCUUUACUAUCACCAAUGGCGUUUUAUUUUGUAACUAUUUGGCCACCGUCCGUAUAUUUAACCGUUGUUAUUAUCGGAAUGAUAAAUCUCAUCAUUUCAUAUUUAUUUUUGAUUGAAACAAAAGGAGUUAUACUCGAUAAAGUCGAUGUUGGAGAAAUAGACGAACAGGAAAAAAUUCCUAUGAUGCGAAAAAACGAUUCAUAA